GAAAUGUUAAUUUGACAUUUGAGUUUGAUGGGUUGAUACGUCCUGUCGUUCGAUUAUCGAAUGAUGAGAGAGCUAAGGUUUUUUACUAUUAAUUACCCGUUAAAACUGUAAAUAUUUAUGCGAAACAAUGUCCGACGUUAACAUGGAGAAGUUUGCUAUGCCAGACUUUGUUCCUGACCGUUACGUGAAGGAAUUAGCGAGGUCUUGUGUCGGGGGGGAGGAGCUGCAGCAACAGAAGGAGAACAUACAAACUCUUUCCGAAGAAACUGCCAGUGCCCUCAAGAAAAAUGUCUACGAGAACCACAUGCAGUUCAUCGAGACGGCCACGGAAAUAUCCCACCUGGAGACUGAAAUGUACAAGCUGUCUCAUCUCCUGAGCGAACAACGAACGGUGCUUACAACCCUGUCUCACGCGUCAAUUUUAGGUAACGAAAACGCCCUGUCUCGCGAGUCUCUCGACAACCACGACGUCGAAGCCGAGAGGGCCGAGGAACAGCGCAAAAACAAGCUCAAUUUGAUUACAGAAAAAGUUGAAGGCUGUAUGAAUUUAUUAGAUGUUCCAGACCGAACUUUAUUACACGACGGUGAUUUAUUAGAAAUAGAUGCGGAGGAGAACACUGCCUUACAAAGAAUGCAUGUAUAUUUAUUCAAUGACUGCCUUAUGUUAACCUCGUGGAUAUCUAACCGUCGGGGUCCAAUGAGAUAUAAAUUCCAAAUUAGUUAUCCUAUCAGUACUCUAGCCGUAGUGAAUGUUCGUGAUUUAGGAACUGUGAAGCAGGCUUUUAAAGUCCUAGCUUUUCCAGACACUAGAGUAUUUCAGUGCAAUAGUAUUGCAGUCAAGAAAGAUUGGUUGGAUAAGUUUGAUGUGGCCAAAAAAAUGUAUAUUGAGAAAGAAAAUUCAAAACAAAAGAAAAAGGAAGGCCAAGAGAAGCCCAGGCUUGAGUCAUUGGAGUCUCCUAGUCUGUCAGUAGAGGAGCUGCCUUCACCGCAGAUAACACCACUGCCAGAGUGGCUAGCAGAUGUGACUGAAGAGCUAGAUGUUCUGAUUGUUGAAAGACACUUCCAGAAAACUUAUGAACUGAUGGUUUCAGCUCAGAAAGCAUUUAAUACAGAAGAAUUCAAGACCCACCCGCAGAAAGCAGAGAUAAUGAAAAGAAUUGAUCAAAAGCAAAAGGUUCUGAUAGAGAUAUUGCUAAAGGAACUUGACGUUACUCACAACUGGAGUCCAAGAGGAGGUCUACAGUCAUCCAGACAGCCAGUCAUGAUACUCAACAAGUUCAACAUGACUAGUCAAGCGUGUGAACUGUUUCUAGCUGUCUGUAGUCACACAGUCAAAGUACAUGUAAAAGGAGUCCAAUUAGAAGGCUCCAUCAAUAGUUAUGUUAAGCAAGUGGGUGAAGUGUUCUUUUGCUCACUUAGUGAUGCCUUAACAGAGUUUAUUACUUUAUUCCCUAAGAAUAAAGUGAGCGCUUUCGUAGUCUGGGCUAGCAUGCAGCUUAGGAUUUUAAUGAGUCAAAUAAUUAAGCAAGUUUUUACGCCGCAGUGUGCUCUGGAUUCAGUGCUGGAGUGUGUUGAGAGUCUUCGGGAACAGUGCACACUAUUCUGUGAAUUUGGGCUCGACCUGAGAUUCCAAAUGAAUAGUUGUUUAAGAACUCCUAUAAUAAAAGCGUUAAAGGAAUACAAAGAGAAGAUUGUUGAUUCUAUGAAAUCAAAGGUAUCUGAGGAUAAAUGGACCCCUGUCAAUAUGCAUACUAAAGCUGGUGUGAAUAAAUUCUUAUCUCAGAUGGAGAACUUGGGCCUUAUAUUAGCUAAGUUUAUAAUAAAUGAAACAUGGGUAGACUUGUCCAGUAGUACCAUUUGGUUUGCGCAGUCUGUAAUAACAGUUCAGAAGGUGGGCUUGAAUCUUGUCACAAAAGAUAUGAUGGAUGUAUUGGACGAGUGCAUCCAUGCUAUUUUCAACUCGCGCCUUAAGCUCUCUUUAGGGAAUGAUUCAAGUUAUGCACAGAAAAAUUUCCAGUUCAUUUUAGAUACUGUAAUGCCUCUCAUGUUGAGGCUAUAUAAAGAAGAAGUUGGUUAUGAUAAUGAGAAGCUAGUGACUCUAGCAAAAAAAUUCGGUGUGACUGUCGCACCUCCAAAGAAAUCCAACAUCACUAAAUACACAAGUAAUGAAUAUUUAUGAGACUAGCGAUACAUGUUGUAUGUUGGUGUACGAAAUUAUUUUUAUUAUGCUGAAGCUUUAAAAUUGUAAUAUAUAGAUAGUAAGCAUGCAGGAUUUUUGUAAGUUUAUUUAAAACUGAUCAAAUUAAAAUUUAUAUUAUAUGCAAGUUAUCAAUAUGAAAUUUUAAUAAACCAAAAUUUAUGGUUCA